AUGUAAAAUUAUGAUAAGAAUGAUGAAGAACAUUUAUAGAGUUCUGUCAAGGAGAAAGUAGAAAAAUUACAAAUUGAAUCCUUACAACCAAAAACUACAACAGUUUCUCUUUAGAAUAAUAUAAGGGAAAAUAGAAAAAAGUCGCAUGCAAGUACUUAAGCUAAAAAAAAUGCAUCAGAAUCUGUUUCAGAGUCAUCUUAUGAUGAUUGCUCAGAGCUGUAUUUUUCAGAAUUUGAUAUAUUUAAUGACAAUAAGUAGGCAAAAAUUUUAUGUGAAUACAAGAAUAGUUAUUUUAAUGAAAAAAUAAAAAUGUUUAAUGAAAUAAAAUCAAGGUAAGUUUGGCCAAAAUAAUAAAUGUAGCUUAACAAAGAUGAAUAAUCUGUUCAACUUAUAAAAUCUUAGUCAAUAAUAAGAUAAUAAUCAUCAAUAUCUGAAAGUAAUCACAACACAAUAAGUUUAGUCAGGAGGAUUAAAGAAUUUAAUGAUUAAUCAAUCGAAUAAUCAUUAAAAUAAAUAAAUUCUCCACUAAUAUUUUACAUACCAAGCAAUAAUUAAUUUAAUAGUAACAAUAUUUAAAACAAUCAAAACAUGACUAGUUCUCGAGCUUUUAACAAUCGAUCUUUAUAAUAAAUAUAAGAAAAUAGUUAGUACACAAUAGAUAUUCCCUGUAAUGAUUCUUUAGGAUAAUAAUCUGUUAAAUACACAGAUAAGGAAAUGCAAAAUCAAAUAAUAGAAUCUAUUUUUACUAAAAAUAUCUUUUUUUUAUUGUAAAUGAUAAGGCUUUUAUAGAAAGAUUAUAGAACAGAAAUUUUAAACUAUAAAGAUGUAAAUGGAAAUACUCCUAUUUUAUUAGCUACAAAAUUAUCUCAUAAAUAAAAUUAAUUUGAUAUCAUUAAAUUACUUUUAUCAAGUGGUUGUGAUCCAUCUAUAAAAGACUUAAAUGGUUGGAGUCCAAUUGAAGAAUCUGUUGCUUAAAUGGAUGUACUAACAACAUCAUUAUUAUUUGAUUAUUUAGUACAAAAAAAAAUGUUUGAAAUUUAAUAAGAAAGAACUCAUAUUGAUUAAGAACUUUCAAGAAUCAAUGACUUUUAUCUUGAAAUGAAAUGGGAAUUUAAAUCUAAUUUGAUACCAUUUCUUUCUAAAAUUACACCAAAUGAUACUUUUAAAAUAUAUAAAAGAGGUAAAAUAUGGAUUUAUUUAAGGUUCUUCUUUAAGACUUGAUUCAACUUUCGCAGGAAUCAAGAAUUAUAAAACUAAAAGAAGAGAUAUGAGUGUUCUGUAUAAUCCAAUGAAUGGAAUAUAUUAAAGGAAGGAAAAUUGUUCUAAUUGUAGAUUUGUUGUAAUAUUAAACAGAGCAAAAUGUAUUUAUUAUUAUCCAAUUGUAAUUAAUUAAAUUAACUUAGUAAGAAAUAGAUAUAGAGGAAAAAGAAUAAAUUAUUUUAGAUCUAUUACAUUGCGACAGCGUAAAUGGCAAAAUGAAAGUAACAUAAUGUGAUUUGGUAAAAAGGAAAAAUAUAUUCGGAAAUUUUGUUACAUAAAAAAUACACAAUCAUGUUUGCCAAAAAUACGAAUUUCGUAUUCAUGCAAAUAAAUAAUUUCGUAAAAAAAAUAGAUCUCAUUAUUAAAUGAAUUUCGAAUAAUACAUAAAUUAAAACUUUGAUUAAGAUUGUAAAUAAGAUAAUAUAAAAUUUGAAUCUUGGGCUUAAGAAAUCAUUUAAAAUGAAGGAACCUCGAAAAGUAUAAUAAUAAAUUAUAUAAAAAUAGAAUAAGAGAAAUCUUGUUAAUUAUAUAUAUGUUAAGAAUUUCCGUUAGAUUUUAAAUAGUUUUUGCCUAUUAUAAAAAUGCUAGCUCGAGGAAAUGAAAUGCUAUAAUCUUUAGAAGAAAUUUUAUGUAGUGAAACAGUAUCUUAAGUAUUAAACAAUAAUGGAUUUCCAGUAAGGGUUGAGAUUCCAAUAAAUUUUACAGUUGAUGCUGUAGUAACUUUUUAGGGUUAUAGAUAAAUUGAUUUUGAAGAUAAGGAAACAGCAGAACUCUUUUAAAUACCUAAUAAUUUUAAUUUUAUGUAAAGAAGAGAUGCUACAAAAGUAAUGAAAAGAUCAAAAAAAAGAUUGGUUUUAGCUAAUUUAUUUUUAUGA